GGCAUAGUCCUUCCGGUUACCGUAAGGGCGUUUUUGCGGCAGCGUUCCGGAGCUGGGUGUUUUCCUGCCUGCCCUUACUGGAAGCUGCCUGCUAUCAUUCCUUGCCGUUAUCGCUUUGUUCCCCCGUUUCCCAGGCUUCGGCGCCGAUCUUCCUCGGCCUUCGGGAUGCCGCCGCUCCUCACCUUAGCCUUAGUCGCUUUGGUCGCCGUCACACACGCCGUCCCGCCUCCCGAAAAUGUGACCGUCCAUUGUCACAAUCUGGAGAACGUUGUUUUCUGGAACUACAGUCAGCCCAGCCUUCUGCCGCGCUUUGUGGUGUACGUCUGUGGGUACUCAAGUGGGCCGGCACUGGUGGAGAGCUGCAACUACACCAGAGACUACUUCUGCAACAUUUCUACUGAAACAAGGAACAUCGAUGAACACUUCUACAUAAACGUGACCGCCGUGGUGGGGAAGAGCGUGUCCCUGCCCACCGAUUCGACCCCGUUCUCCUAUUCCACGUUCUAUGACGGCCAGUGCAAACUGGAUUUCCCUAAACCAACCCUGAACAUGGACCAAGACUCGAUUACGAUUACAUUCCUUCACCCGCUUCACGAGUAUGAGAAAUUACAGGACAUCCGUAACAUAGAUGACUACAGCUUGUUCAAGUUUGAAGUCAUGACCAAGGAUAAGGUGGCGAGUUUUGAAUGCGACGCCGAGGAAGAGGAGCCCUGCACGGAGACUAUUAAAGUCAAUGGGUCCGAAAGACACUGCCUGAGAUUAAAGGGAGGCAUGAACGGGGUUGUCACCUCGCUAGAAGAGGAGGUGUGCGUAGGGGUGGCCCCCAAACCCGAUCUGGCGUAUUAUGCCGUGGUUGCCGUGAGCACCAUCACUGUGUUUGUCGUCAUCCUGGUUUUUGCGGUGAUGAUGUACAAGAAGAUCACCAGUGCGAACAGCUCCCUUCCCAAAACCGUGGUCUCGGUUUUCACGCACUCCUCCUCGACGGGCACGUUCACAAUGAAGCGGGAGCCCAUUCUGCUUCCGGAGUCAGUCGGCAGCCCCACCAGCACAGACGAGCUUCUGAAAAACCUGGAGAGCCCCCCCCUGACCAGAAGCACGUCGGACACCGACUGCUCUCGCUUUAAGAUCGGCGUCUGCCGGCCCGACACGUCAGAGGGCAGUCAGGGUACCGAGGGCGAGGCGGAGGAGGCGGAGACUGCGGGUUUCAGUGGGUCAGGCUACGACCGACCCAAAAUGCCCUUUGAGCAGCACAGCCAGGUGGAGAUGAGCCCAGGGGACUUCGUGCACGGCUACAGGAAGUGAGAUUUAGGCCGACACCCUCCGCUUACGUGCACAACCAGACCUUAGUGUUCCCUCCUCCCACCCUGAGCCGAGGAUAGCUGGUGAAUUAUGGUGAAGCCCCCCACCUAGACCCUGGCAGCAUCACUGCUAAACCAGGCCUGGGAGGAGCCCAGUAGCGGAAUGUAGCGGGAAAUUUCCCGCUGGUGCAUGGGCGUGGGGUGGGAGGAUAUAAACCCGCAGCGCUUCUUCCCAGCACGAGCCUGCCCUAGGAAGCACAUCAUGUCCUUCUGCUUUCAACUUGAGCAUUGUGCCUCUGGGCCUAGAGGCCGGCUAGGAGAGUUACGCUUCCUGUAGUUUAAGAAGAGGGCCAUACCUAAGUAGCUACCAGACCAUUAAAAGAAUAGUUGCCCAAAAAAUGCAUCCAAGCUCUACAUAGAUAAACUUGAUUAAUCUCUGGGGGAACAUUAAGCAUGUUGCGUGUCCUGCACACAGUGGCAGGUCCAACACAGCCUGUAAUAUAGCUGCUGUCUCUAUCUGGGUUCAUGUUUAGCUCAGGUCUGCUACAUUUCUUAUGACGUUUUUUUUCCUUGAUUUGUUUGACAGAUGUGAAGGUGGUGCUUGAUGUUCCAUCAACAAGCUUUAUCUGUUAAGGUCUUCUGUAGUUUUGUCUCUGUCUGCGUUCUCAAAGUGCAGUUCCAUGGCGGUCGGAAUUUCCAUUUACGCUUUUUAAUUUUGAUUAUUUUUUUUCAAGUGUAAAUCUUCAACCGGCUGUCAUUCUGCUCUUCCUGUUUUCUAGUGAAGCCCUAAGUCUUUAUUCUGGGUCCAGUGACUGAAUUUCGGCAGGUGCUCAGUUAGGACAGAGGGUAAGAGACAGGCGUGACUGGAUUUGUAGGAUGCCGAUCGUUCUGUGUGUGAAUCACCUCACCUGCCGUUUUGCCUCAGGGGUCCGUUGUCUCGUGGCCACUGGGGGGGGGGGGGGCUGCUGUUGCCGGCACAACUCGGUGGCCGUAGGUGCUUAUGAGUGGAACGUCGCGAAGGAGGGGGACCCCUGUCACCUUUCUGCGGAACAUGGAGGCUACCCAGAAUGGGGCGGAGCCUAUCAAAACAGGCUAGGACUGGCUGUCAACUUGUCGAUUGUUUGUACUAAAUUGUAAAAGCAUAAAUUCAUAUGGUUGCUUUCUGUUUAGUUGAAACUAAAAUUUGAAAGACACAUUCGAUAUUCAUUUGAAAUGCUGAAACUUUGUAACCAUCUCUCAGGCAUGGUGCAGUUCAUACUGGAAAAUCUAGAUUCAGAAUGAUACUCACCCAUUUCAGCUCAUUUCAUCCUGAAUGUGCAACAGCAACCAAACCACUAAGAAUCGACUGUGUUUAUCAAUGAUUGUUGGGUAGCUAGCAGGCUAGCUGUGUGCUGUAAGUUUGAAUGUGAUGUUAUGGUUGACGUGGAGACUCUAUAACAGUGCCUUUGAUAAGUAGGGUAUAGUGUUCGGUUUGCUUCCUUUGCGGAGUGGGACGGAGAGACCUGCCAUUGACCGAAAUUGGUAAUAGAAAGGAAAGGAAUGAUGUGUAAGCAGAGGACAGACAGGGCUGGGGGGGCACAGGUGGGGGCAACAUUGAUGACAGUGAGGCCAGAAAAAUGAUUACUGUCAAAGCACCUUGGAAAAACCCAUGCGUGGGCAGAGCAGGAAGCGUCUGCUGGCCGAGGGGAACCGCGCUGAGCAGGAUGAGGUGGGUCUAGGAUGAUGCCGAGAGAAAUUUGCAGGGAAACUUGUAUGAAGAGAUAAGUACGUAUUUUUAGAAAUUUGCACGUUUCCUUUGUUCUUUACAUUUUCUGUAAACAAAAAAAGCAAACUGGACCUUUAUCUCCGAAGGGGGUCCAUCAGGCUCCAUUGGUCUGUCUGAAUCCUCAGAUUUUGCCUGAUAAUUUCGAGCCACGUACCUUUAGACAUUUGCUGACGUCCUGCCUUCCUUUUCACUGCAGUGAUUCUACGUCACUUAUGCUACAUCAUCUGUUAUUUGUAACAUCCUUGUGGAAAUGAAACCAUAUUAAUCGUUACGUCAUUAAAAUCAUCCGAAGCGGCUUCUCUCUGUUUAAUCAGAACCUGUGAUGUUUCUUUGGCCUCUCAGCCCGAUUGGCUCUAUUAUUUUUUUUGAUUAUUGAUCAAUUUAAAUCUGCAUUAUAUUGCUUACACUGAUCUGUCAAACACCACACUCAGCAAUAAAGGCAAUGUUUAUCUCGAACAA